AGUGUGCACCGGACGGUGCUUUUCUGGCAUCACUGCAUACAUGUUAAAAUAUGUAUGUACAGUAUCAAUCGUUUUAACAUCAAAAAUCAUGUGAUCAGAGGGAAUAACAAUUGUCGUUAUAUUAAUUCGUUACGAAAUCAAUUAUAAUUAACAGAAAUAGUUUCUGAUUAUGAAUAACCAUUAUCGACGACCAGAAUUUUAUAUUAGUUAUAAAUAACAAUCAGAAGUAAGCAAACAAACUGUUAAUCGUCAGUAUCAAAUAUUUGUAAUAAUUUACAUACUCUUCUCUGGCCUAAUUUUAUGCAACUAUAUCAUGUUUCAAUUUUAUCGAAAUCCCUGACACUAAGCGAAAAAAAACAAUUGAUUUUAUUAGAAAUGAUUCUUACUAUAUUUAUAGUAUGUGUACACAGCGUGUAUACUUAACAAUUACAUUUGCCAUAAAAACAUGAGUGUCCAUAUAUUUACAGGAGCAGUGAUGUAGUUAUGUAUAUACUAAAAGACACUAUAUUGUAUAAUAUAUAUAUAUUUGUUUGGAAAAUAUUGUGAAUAUAUAUAUUAAUGUAUGUAUACAUUGACAAAGUGUAACAAAAUUUGCUAGAUCGGUUGAAAUUUGCUAGACAGUGAGAGUGUUUCUUUAUGUAUGAAUACCAGAGAAAGUAGACUGGCAGUGUAAUUUUAAUGUGUGUAUAAAAUGACCUUGGAAGAAGCACAAAAUGCUGCCCAAAAAGCUGUGCAAUUUGACAGUAAAUGUCAAUAUAAACAAGCUUUGUAUUAUUAUAACGUAGCCAUUAAUUGUCUCACCAAAUUACAACAUCCUAUGUAUGAUCAGAAACUUGCAGAGUACGAGGACAGAAGAUCAACGAUACAGUGUCUUAUUAACGACGAAGAACAGAAACAUUAUAUAGCACAAAAUACACAUCAGUCUGAGUUACAGAGAUGUAAAUUUCUUAUAAAUCAAGCUCAAGAUGCGGACGAAGCUGGCUUGAAAGAUAUAGCUGUGAAAUUAUACACAGAUGCUGCUGAACUUGGACUUAAUAUUAAAACUACUGAUUCGGAAACAAAAACAAAAGUAACGACUCUUGUUCGACUUGCCCUUGACAGAGCAGAAUCUCUGAAAGGUCUGAAAAAGGAAGAGAUUAACAAUAUUAUCGAAACACUUUCCCAACUGCCUCCUGUACCGGAAACAGACUUGGAUUUGGGUGUAGAUAAUGUAUCAUCCAUAGCAACAACUGCCGCAAGUUCUAGUAACAUAGGGAAACAAACUCGACCAUCUCUUCAUCGUGGGAGUAGCGUACACUUGAAAGUAACUGGUAGCAAUAUUAAUUAUACAGACGAGGAGAAAAGGGUUUUACUUCAUAGUUCCCAUAUUAACGAACAUGAAUUUGUACCUUUUAUGAGUAUCGAUCUCACAGAAAAAUUUCAAUAUGCUAUUCCAUUUACCGAUAAAGACGGUUUAUUAGAGUUAGCACCAAAACAGAAGCCCUACUUCGCAAGAUGGUGUCGACCGGAAGAAUUAUUCUCUGAACCAAAACUGCUUAUGGACCACCAUGUUGAUUACUAUAGCAUAAAGCAGACUGUUGUUUCUGAUUGUUCCUUUGUUGCUUCGCUUGCUGUCAGUGCUCAGUAUGAAAAACGAUUUGGACGUAGACUAAUAACAUCUAUUAUUUAUCCUAAAAAUAGAAAUAAGGAACCAAUUUAUAAUCCGUUCGGAAAGUACAUGGUGAAAUUACACAUUAAUGGUGUUCCACGCAAAGUUAUAAUAGAUGAUUUAUUGCCUGUAAGUCGUUACAACCAAUUACUUUGUUCCUACUCUAGCAAUCAUGGAGAGCUGUGGAUCUCGUUACUUGAGAAAGCAUACAUGAAAGUAAUGGGUGGCUACGAUUUUCCUGGCUCAAAUAGCAAUAUAGAUUUGCAUGCUCUGACUGGAUGGAUACCAGAAAGAUGGGUUAAUGGCGAUCUAGAUUUUAAUAAAGACAAUUUAUUUAACAUUUUGCUAUCACGAUUGCACAAAGGAGAUGUGCUGGUGACAGUAGCUACUGCGGAAUUAUCUGAUUCAGAUGCUGAUAGAACAGGUCUAGUGCCGACACACGCAUAUGCUGUUCUUGAUGUUAGAAAAAUAAAUGGAGUAAGAUUAUUGCAACUGAAAAAUCCAUGGUCGCAUGUGCGAUGGAAAGGAAAUUAUUCCGAACUUGAUACAGUACAUUGGACAAACGAAUUAAAAGAAAUAUUAAAUUACGAUCCAGAUUCUGCAUCACAAUUCGAUAAUGGUAUAUUUUGGAUCGACUACGAAAGCAUGUGUACCUUUUUUGAUAUGUUUUAUUUGAACUGGAAUCCAGGUCUAUUUAAUUAUACCUAUUGCAUUCAUCGAAUGUGGAAUGCAGGAGUAGGUCCAGUAAAAGAUGCGUACAAUAUCGGCGAUAAUCCUCAAUUUUUACUAGAAGUGCAAAACAAUAACGCAUCAGUCAUAUGGAUACUUCUCACAAGGCAUAUCACAGACAUUGCAGAUUUUCGUCAAAAUCAAGAAUAUAUAACAGUAUUAGUUUACAAGAAUAAUGGAAAAAGAGUAUACUAUCCUCACGAUCCACCGCCGUACAUUGAUGGUGUAGCAGUAAAUAGCCCGCACUAUCUUUGCAAAAUAAAGCUAGAUAGUGAAAGCGAUACUCGAUACACUCUAGUCAUAUCACAGUACGAAAAAACAAAUACAAUAUAUUAUACUUUACGCGCAUAUGGUACGUGCCCGUUUACAUUACGCAAAAUACCAAAUUUUUAUAAAUACGAAAAAGAGAUCACAGAUGGCCAGUGGAAAGGUAUUACAGCUGGUGGGUGUAGCAAUCAUCCAACGUAUCAAAAUAAUCCACGAUACCAAUUGUUGUUAGAAAGUUCAAAUAAUAAUAACUAUUUAUUGAUUAUAUUGAAGGGUCCAAAACAAUAUCAAAUUGGUUUUAACGUCAUGUCGGUUGUAUUGAAUGAUCCCGAUGCACCUAGUGCAUUCAAAAUGAAAACCUCUGGCCUGUACAGGUCGGGAUUUGUUUAUCUCGAACUGGAGGACGUGCCAGCCGGAUCGUACGAUAUUAUUCCGUCAACAUACAUCCCUGAACAAGAAGGGCCUUUCUUUUUAAUUUGCAAAUCGUCGUGUAAACUGCAACUUGAACGGCUUCAAUAACAAAACGCGUUUUAAUACAAAUUACUAUUUUGUACAAAGAAAAAAAUUUAUCAGUAUGUUGUACCAAUUAUGAAAAAUUUAUAUUUGCUGUUAUUGAAUUGUUAAUGUUGUUAACAAUAUUGUAUAUGUAGCUAUUUAAAAAAUUAUAAUUUAUUUGUAAUCGAAGAGCCAUUAAUGCACUGCAGGUUCACAAUAAUGUUAGCAACGAAAUGGUAUAGGAGAAUGAUUGAAUAAACUAUUACAAAAUGCUUUUAUUUCAUAUUGUAGAAGUACAAAUUAGUAACGAGACUAGAUAACUACUGACUGUAUUCUGAAAAUCGGUGGCACUUUUAUUUAUAAUUAGCGUUUGCUUCGUGUGUUAUCGUUUGGCACGUACACAACUGAAUAUUGACGAAUAUAGCUUCUCAAUAUCUCAAUCAACUAUUUAAUAUUCUUUGUACUGUUUUUAUGUACAUAUACGUAGUGGAGAAAAAAUUUUUUUACGUUAAUUAUGUCAAACAAAUACUAUAUGGCAUACGAUGUCCUUUUAAAAUAUAGCGUAAAUACAGUAACUAUUUUUGUAAAAAUAUUAUUAUUGUUUUGCGUAAGAAUUACAAAAAAAAAAAAAAGGACCUACAGAAAUACGUUACAUCUCUAUUGCAUUUCAUACACAUACAUACAUACAUACAUUACUGCAUUUUGCGACCAUCGUAUAGAAACUAUAUUCUAAAAUAUUACAUUUUGAAUUUUACAGAAUCUUUCUAUUUCUUUUGAUUACAUCUUUUAUUUCAUACCUCUCCGUAUUUUUUCAAAUUAGGUGCAGCUUUUUUAUAUUGCACGUAAACUGUAAUAUAAUAAAAAAAAUACUACUCGACGAAUUUAAUAUUUAUACUUCUACGUCCAAACAAUACAUUUCGCAUCG